AUGUACUACCAGUCUAUUCUACCAAUUCGUAUACACAAAUUGAAAUAAUUCGCUUGAUUAAUCGCUUGGUGAUCUCAAGUAACGAUAAGUUUCCCUGAAUAAUCGCCGAGACAAUACGGAUAAGAUAUCUGGGUAUUUUUUGGUCUAUAUUUGCGCAUGAACGCACAAAGACCCGCUGUUCUUCUUCCAGACGUUCGACCAUGACCCAUUGGACAAAAGUGUGAAUCGCGUACUUCCUUGACUUCGCGUCUAACGUUUUGUGUGCUGUUUUUAUUUUUCUAUUUUUAUCGCCCUUUGUUCUCCUUUCUGGACCACGAAGGAAUUGCUAACUAGCUUGACCAAAUUAACAAAUUACCUAGUUUCUCGGGGAUUUCAGGUAUUCCAGUCUUCUUCGCAAGAACGUGUUGCUGUGCGUUGCAGUUCCAAACCACUAGCGAGAGUCGGUUAUAACGAUAGGUUUCUUUUCAGCUAAAACAAAACCGAAAAGAUGACAACUUGGCAAAGCACACCUGGUGCGGGGUUCUAUCCGGGGCAACAAGGUUACCCGCCGCAGAACCCCGGCUACCCGCCACAAAAUCCGGGAUAUCCGCCGCAGGACAGCUACAAUCCGGGAUACCCGCCGCCUUACUCCGCGGGACCGCCGCCAGGUCCCGGAUUCGUACCGCCGCCGGGGAUCCCGCCUUACGGUCAAACACCACCACCAGUUGGUCCGGAAUUCGGAGGGCCGCCAGUUCAGUCAGGGAUGUACGGAUCCGGUUACGCGGAGGAUCCUCUGCAUGAUGAGGUCAAAGGGUUCGAGUUCAAUGACAAGAGUAUCAGGAAUGGCUUCAUCAGGAAAGUGUACAGCAUCUUGAUGUGUCAGCUGCUCAUUACCCUUGCUAUGAUCACGUUGUUUGUCUACCAUGAACCAACACAAAAAUGGGUACGUUCGCACAGGGAAAUGUUCUGGAUCUGCUUUGCCGUGACCAUCGUCCUGAUCAUAUGUAUGGCUUGCUGUACCAACGUGAGACGCAAGGCCCCGAUGAACUUCAUAUUCUUAUUCCUGUUCACGGUGGCAGAGGCCUUCCUACUAGCCACGGCCGCUUCAAGCUACGAACCUGACGCGGUCAUGCUGGCUGUCGGAAUCACUGCGGCAGUUUGUCUAGGAUUGACAAUAUUUGCGUUUCAGACGAAGAUCGACUUCACCGGGUUGCACACUGUUCUGUUUGUUGCUGUGCUCAUCUUACUUAUCUUCGGUAUAAUCGCGAUGAUCUGGCAUGGAAAGAUCAUGACAUUAGUUUAUGCGUCUCUCGGCGCGUUAGUGUUCUCCAUGUACUUGAUCUACGAUACGCAGAUGAUGAUAGGCGGCAAACAUAAGUACUCCGUUUCGCCGGAGGAAUAUAUCUUCGCCGCGUUGAGCCUGUACCUAGACGUUAUUAACAUCUUCAUCUACAUUCUAACUAUUAUCGGCGCUUCGCGAGAUUAAUCGCUGUUAAUUCCAUUAUUCCUGACGUGUUAUAACCGAGGUACAUCAGCUUUUAUUUAUCGCCGUCUUGCUCUGACUCUCCGCAGCCAACGUCGUCGUCAUCAUCGUUGUCGUUGUCGCCUUCGCAAGAGCACAUUGUAGACGAGCAAACGAUAAAGGAGGCAGUAUUGGCGAAACUUUCAUUUCUACGAAGUGAUAGCUUUUACAAAUUUUCAAAGAUUAAUGUUCACGAGCAGCACGCUUGGGUUCAAAACCUUUGUCUAGUCCCGUAAGACAUAAUGCAAAGUAUUUCCUGUCGUCUCGGGGAGGGACCUGAUAAAAAUUCUAACAAUUAUUGUGCGUUUAAUAUAUUGUAAUAGUUAUUAUUGUUACUAUCGACAAUCAUUCAAAUUUCUUUGCAAUAUUUGUUUUGAUUAAUAUAUAUGUAUUAUUGAAAUAGUUUCUUACAAGAGAUUAGAUAGACAUAUUUCUCACAUUUCUUUGAAAACACUUUUCCUUUUUUAGAUUUCAGUGUGAUCGAUAAAUGUAUACAUAUAAUUAAAACUAUCUAUAUAUAAUAUAAUUACUAUUACAUGUCUUAGUGUGAUAUAAGCCCGACACUAGUUAUAGUAUUGUAUUGGCUGCAAAACUCCAAAAAACAAUUCCAAAAGACAAUUUUACAUCAGUUACCAAUAUAUACAUAUACACAUAUAUCUAAAAAGUUGAGACUGUGUUUAUUCUUUGUUGAUGUUUGCAUAAUAAAACAUACAAUUAUUCUCCAGAUCUUCUGCUCUUCAGUUCCGAUUGAUAACGUGCAGGAAUUACGAUCUUUCGAUCAGCACGUUGACGUAGAACGUCAACACUCUAAUGCACAAUAAAGUGAAAUUAUUAGUCCACAUGUAAAGUUCGUUACGCAACGCACGACGAAGGUGACAUUUACAACGUCACAAUGCCUGAUUAGGCAUUCAGGAGAAAUAAUUAAAAGAUCAUUACUACCGUUGCUGAAUUAUUAAGCUAAGUGCAAAGAAAUGUCAUGAAAGAACUUGUAAUCCGAGCCAUAUACGCAGCGUGCUGUUAUGUUUGUCUUGCUAUUACGUGCUCGAACGUUUGUACAUGAAGCGUUACGCGUAUUAUUCGAUUAAUAAUUAUAUAUUCACGGUUUUCCGUUUAGAAACACGUAGGUCCGUAUUUCAUGUAAUUUAUACAUACAGGUUUGGGAAAAUUACUUUUCGAAGUAACUCGUUACUAUUAUCGUUAUUCAAAGAAGUAAUGAUUCAUUAUAAUUUACAUUUUUUAACUUUCCUUACCAAUUUUGAAGAUUUCGUUUUACAUUCUUUUUAUAAAAAAUAUAAUUGCACCGCUGUUAUCGCGUUACUAACGAAAAAUACUAUUACCAAGUCGUUAUUGGAGAGAAAGUAACGGUUUUUUUACUUCCCAAUCCUGUAUAUACAUCUAUGUGUGUAUGCGUAUGUAGUGUAGGAAAUGAAAAUGAUGAUUUCGAAAUUGUGAAUAUUUAUAUUUGUAGUAAAUAUUGGCCUUACACAAAAACGGUUAAAGCUUUUGGCUUCAAGCUUUCUCACCUUAACUUAAUAUACAAAUAAGCAUGUGUGGUGCGGUCCAUAUAGGAAAAGCAUUUAAUGUUUUCUGAAAAGAUAUUCUUUUCAAUGUUUUUUUUUUCUUUUUUUUAAAGAUCAGAAGCCGACACUCGUACUCACACCACUCAACUUGGUAACAAAUUGCAGUUUCAUAACAAACAAUACAUUCUCCUAAUUAUCUUUGUUCGUGCAACAAUGUAAAUAUGGUGUUACGUGUGAAACUUGAAGGUCCAUUGGUAAAACUUGUAGGAGUUCUACCUUUAUUCACCCGCAUGUGUAGGAUGCUUCUUCAUUUAAUCGAUCAGAAUGUACCAACAUAUACUAUGGGUAGAAAUAAGGAAAGAAAUUUUACAUAAACAUGGAUCUGAAAAUAUUUUAUUACAAAGUUAUGACAAAACGAAGAAAAUAAUAUUUAAUUUUUUAUCUCAAAUUUUCGAUUGUUUCCGUUAAUACAAAAUAAACGAGAUCGUUGAGAAAUGGGAUUUUACACUGUACGAAUUUUUCGUAUUAAUAACGUUUGCUUUCCUUAUUCCUACCCUUAGAGAUAAUGGUGCAAUUAAAUCUUUUAAAUAGGAAACAUCCCAUAUAAACUAACGAAACCUCGAGUUCGUUUAUAUGCCACAGAUACAAUUAUAGAUACAUAUGCAUGGAACAGCGCCCGUGUAGUUUUACAAACUUGUCUUAUUGACAUUUACAUGGAUGUAGUUAAAGAACAUAACUUUUAAGUGUUGAUUUCAAUGAGUAAACAUUAUCCAGUGAAUA